CUGCUGCCCCCCAUCAGGCCAACCCCGUGGUUUCUCCACCGUGGGAGACUGUUAAAGAUGUUUUAUUUAAAAGAUAUCAUCAGGAUUAUUUUAUAAUUAAAUUGGGAUGUGUUUGAUGUGACAAAUGUGAAGGCCGUAUUAUGUAAAACCUUUACUGAGUACCGUUUAUAUUAAAACCAAACAUAUCAGCCACCUAUUCCUGUAUUUCAGAAAUUAAAGCCAUGGCAGAUUUAAUGUACCAAUUAAAAUAACUGAACAAGUAACUGUUGCACCGUUUUAAGGCUCGUGGGUGGGAUUUGAGCCAUCAAAAGUAUAUAAACUCUUUCUAGACUCAGGCCGUAAUGUGAUUAUAGACCCAAUAUGUGACCUCAUCUUCUGUAAAAUAUUUAUUUCAUUCGGUAUAGAGGCCACAGUCUCUUACCCACUUUGAAUCCCAACUAAUAAUCAGAUACUCUUAAGCCGUAAGACUUACGGUCCGACAAAAAUGACCUGGCCACUCUGCUGAUACACAGGAAAUAAUGUCCCAACAUGUGAAAGCAGCUUAAGAUGGUUGAAAAUCUCUGCAAUCGGGCACAUUCCUGUGAUGAAAUAUUUGACUUAUCUUUAAACUUCUGAUAUUUACCGAACGUUCAAACAAACAUAUUUUGACUUUUUCGAAAUAUUUUUCUGCCCAAUGGUUACUUUUUUCCCAUGACUUUUAUUGACCGGUUAUUUCUUGUUGCAUCAACGCAUUCCAGCAAUGAAGUAACGUUUGCCCUCCACCGUGUUCACGUCCCAUAGUUUCCACAGCGCCUGAACGCAGCACCGACAUGCUCCGAUGCUAUUGGCGGAGGCAGAAGAGGGGGCGUGGUCGCGGUCCCCACACGUUCUGGUGUUAAGAGUGUAAACUUUCUCCGCGAGCUCAGUCGGUCGGUGCGCGCGGCGGACCGUCGGUUUCUCUCGCCGCGUCGGUCGCUCCUCCGUUAACAUGUCCGGUGGACGCUCGUAGUUCGGUGGUUCGGAAUAAGCGAGAGAGCGGCGUUAAACACCGGAGAAAUGGAGGCAGUGAGUAAGUGGAGCCCGCAACAAGUGGUGGACUGGAUGAGAGGUCUGGACGACAGCCUGCAGCAGUACAUCCCGUCCUUCCAGCGGCAGCAGGUGGACGGGGAGAAGCUGCUCCGGAUGUCCCACCAGGAGCUGCUGUCUCUGGGCCUGUCGCGGGUCGGGCACCAGGAGCUGGUUCUGGAGGCGGUGGACCUGCUCUGCGCGCUGAACUUUGGGGUGGAGAAGGACAACCUGAAGGCGCUGGUGGGGAGGAUGAGAGCGGCGCACCACAGCCUGAGCGCCUCGGUGUCGCAGCGCAGGAAGAACCCGGCCUACCACAACAAGAUCUCCCACCAGCCCUCCAACGAGUUCCUCACCGCCGUGGUCCAGCUGAUCGGAGCCGCCAAGAGUCUGCUGGCCUGGCUGGACGGGACUCCUCUGGCCAACAACUUCACCUCCACCAAGAGCAGAAUCAUCCAGCUGUGCCUGGAGCUCACCUCCACCGUCCAGAAGGACUGCACCGUGUACGAGAUCGAGGAGAAGAUUCUGGAAGUGUCUCGAGCUCUGACCGCCGUCUGUGAGAAGACGGUCCAGGUGACCUCUGACCCCUCAAAGAGUGAGCUGUCCUGCCUGGAGGAGGUGCACAUCACCAACAUCAAGCCCGGGGAGGGACUGGGUAUUUACAUCAGGUCCACCUACGACGGGCUUCACGUCAUCACGGGCACCACGGAGAACUCUCCUGCAGAUCGAACCCAGAGGAUCCACGCCGGGGACCAGGUGGUUCAGGUCAACCAGCAGACGGUGGUGGGCUGGCAGUUGAAGCACCUGGUGGAGAAGCUGAGGGCGGAGUCCGGAGGCGUCUACCUGGUGGUGAAGAAGAGGCCGGCUGGAACGUCCGGCUGCUUCGCGCCCCCCCCCCUGAAGAACCUGCGCUGGAGGCCGCCGCUCGUACAGACGUCUCAGGGAGCUCCGGGUCGCCACACAACUCCACAGCCACCAGCCCCCGCCGCUCCGGGGAGGAGGGGGAAGACGCCCACUUUGGAUUUGUACGUCCCUCCUCCCCCCACAGCCCCGUACGCACCGCUGGACGGCGGCAUCGACGCGUCUCCGGCUUUGAGGCGGAGGCCCAACUCUCCCAACUCGUGUCUGGACGCUGACGUGCGGCGCCGCUUCACUGACGGCAGGACGCCCGUCAGCCCCCCCCCACCUGAACCCAGCCAGCCAAUCCCUGUGAGCCUCAGACAGCGCUCGUCUACCCGCUGUAAACCUCGACCCGUCUCCAUGCCGGUGGAGGCCUUCUCAGGUGACCCGUCCUCCAGGCCCGGCGCUCGGGGAAGGAAAGACGUGCUGCACCGGUACCUGAGCAACGAGGGGAUCAGCACCAUCGUUGAGGAGGAGCCGUGCUUCCCUCUGCCCUACCGGGGACACCCGUCCGUCCGCGGCGUCGACCACAUCCGGGGCAGCCAGUGCUUCAUCAACGCCAUCCUGCACAGCAGCGCCACCAUCCCUUACCAGGAAGCAGCGGCGUCCAAGAAGUCCGCCGGCCCCGCCCCCUCCUCCUCCGCCGCCGCCGCUUCUCCUCCGGUGGCCGCGGCCAAGCCGCCGACCUCGCUGCUCGGCGGCUGGCUGGCUCGCCUCAGGCUGCUCAGCCAAUGAGGCGGCUCCGUCUCAUGGGGUGAGACGGGUGGUGUCCACAGGAAGGAGGGCUUUCCAAAGUGAUCCAAAGAGGACGCAGCAGCUCGUUGUCCACGUUGACGAGGACAGAUCCAAUGAAGCUGCAGCCAAGUGGUCAGAGACCUGCUGACCAGGUGGACUCCAGGACCCGGUGACAUCACACGUUUUACCAAAGUUCCGGGGGAGGUGAAACAUCUGUAGGACGCACACCUUCACGUGUCCUCAGGCUGCCGGGGGGCGAGACGCAUGGAGACCAACCUUAAAGACCUCAAACCUUCUGCAGCCGAUGAAGAGCUCGGUGACUUCUCUACACGACCACUGGGGGUCAGGGUCGCUUUCUUAAUGCUGAAAACUGCCCUUUGUGCAGGAGGCCCAAACCUCCCCUGAAUAGAUCCUGCUAGUAGCUCCAAAGAUACCUCCUCGUUUCUGAAUCUGCUGAAGAUGAAGCUGCUUUAAGUUUUCAUCAGCUUCUUUUUGUCUGUAAAUAGGAUUCAGAACAAAUAAGAGCUCGACAUUCUCACUGAACAGUUCUGAAGCUUCAUCAAAGUCUUUUACAUCAGCACAGACUUUAUUAAGCUUGUUUUUUAAGGAAAAUGACUAGAAGAUAGUUACAGUAACAAAUGCUUCAUCACUAAAUAACAACAUGAAUCAUGUGUUAACCAACACAAGGUGUAUUAUUACUUAAGGCCUCCACACAAAGAUAAUAUAAUAGCAUUUAUAUCGGUUACUUCUGUGUUUACUCUAGUCACCGUACUGCUGUUAAAAGGAACCCCGACAUCCCAUAAUAAGACUUCAAAUGAACAGAAUCUCAAACUAAAGACCUGUUACACAAACCUGCUCCGUUACAGCAGGAGAGACUGAUUUUAUUUUUGGGUUUGAGAGUGAAAUCAAAAUGUUAAAUUCCAAUCAGGUGUGUGUGUGUGUGUGUGUGUGUGUGGAUCUCAUCCCUCUUGUUUCGGGUCAUGUGAUGAUGGCAGAAGAGAAUCAUGAGAAAUGGUGUAAAUCCAUCGCUUAAUGUUGUUUUUCUGUAUUUACACUUGAGGACGGUCUUGUUUUAGUUGUUACGAUUCAUACGUUUGUUUUGUUUCAUAAGAGUUGAACUGAUGUGUCAAUCUGUGACGCUUUGUCACUUCUGAGCAAUACGAUGAGAAUAAAGUGAUGGAAGAUUUCAUCUUCACUACAA